AUGGCACUUGAUAAGUGGCAGAAGAAUGCUUUCCGAGCGCGACAGCAGAGUAUGCUAGGGAUUCGUACUCGUUUGGAGGAAUUAAUAGAUGCCGAGGCUUGUGUUGUUAUACAGGAUGAGAAAAAAGACUUAAUGAGUCGGUUGCAAACCCUUCUUUCUCAGGAAGAAGCUUUUUGGAGGCAAAGAUCCAAGGUGACAUGGCUAAAGGAGGGGGAUAGGAAUACUGGGUAUUUUCACAGGAAAACAGCUAACAGAAAGCGGAAGAAUUUGAUUCAUGGUUUGUAUGAUGAGGAUGAUUAUGAGGCAAUGGAGACAACUAUCUCAGCUAUUCAUCCUUGUGUGACUCCAGUGAUGAACGCACAGCUUUGUUCCCCGUAUUCUGGUGAGGAGAUUAAGCGUGCAUUAUUUGAGAUGUACCCGACGAAAUCACCAGGUCCGGACGGUAUGCCUCCAUUAUUUUUCCAGCACUAUUGGGAGACUAUUGGCGAGGAGGUCACGGCAGCAGUCCAAAGUUUCCUUCAUACUGGUCAAAUUCUCAAGAAAAUAAACUUUACUCAUAUCUGUCUAAUCCCUAAAGUGAGUACUCCUGAGCAUAUGUUUGAUCUUAGACCCAUAGCUUUAUGUAAUGUAAUUUAUAAGUUGUGCUCGAAGACUAUUGCUAAUAGAUUGAAGAGUAUAUUGCCUGCUUUGAUAUUACCGUUCCAAAGUGCUUUCAUUCCGGGAAGGUUAAUUACGGAUAACAUUCUGGUGGCCAAUGAAAUGGCCCAUUUUGUGCAUAACAAAAGGGAAGGUGCAGAAGGCUUCAUGGCGCUUAAACUGGAUCUCAGUAAAGCGUACGAUAGAAUGGAGUGGGAAUUUCUACGGAGGGUAAUGAAUAGAUUUGGUUUUGCUCAGUCCUGGAUUGACAUGAUUCAAGAUGUGAUAGAAACCUAUGGGAGAGCAUCAGGCCAGUUGGUGAACUUUAAUAAGAGCUCGGUGGUGUUUAGUAAAAAUGUUUCAGAUGAUAUGCAGGAGGAGAUCUCUAGCUUGAUGGGAGUGGAGAUUGUUGAGUCCCAUGAGAAGUAUUUAGGUCUUCCUACAUAUGUAGGCAGGAAAAAAACAGCAACUUUUCAAUAUAUCAAGGACAUUUUGGCGGAAAAAUUGAAGAAUUGGCAAGGCAAGCUCUUGAGCGGUGCUUGCAAAGAUAUUCUAAUCCGAAUGUGUGCAAGAUUUUGGUGGGGUAGUACUCUUGACAAAAGGAAAAUUCAUUGGAAAUCUUGGGCGGCUUUAUGUAAUACUAAGGAGGAAGGUGGAUUAGGUUUCAGAAGUUUAGCUGAAUUCAACUCAGCGAUGCUAGCAAAACAGGCUUGGAGAAUUAUUAAUAAUCCUUCAUCUCUUAUUGCUCGUUUAUAUGCUGCUAAGUAUUUUCCUUCAGGCACCUUUUGGACAGCUGAGUUACAUGCUUCCCCCUCUUAUUCAUGGAGAAGCAUCCUUUCUACAAGGGAUUUGAUUGCACAAGGCUUUUAUUGGCAGAUCGGUAAUGGGGAGAAAGUGAGAGUUUGGUGUGAUCCAUGGAUUCCUGGGGUUCCAGAGUUUAAACCAAAGUUGCUUUCUUCUAAUGAGAAUCUUAACCUCAAGGUCAGUGAGCUCUUACUUAAUUCUGUUAGAUGGAAUGAAGACUUAGUUCGGAAUUUGUUCCCUUUUGCUGAAGCAGAAGCUAUUCUACGCAUUCCAUUGAGCUCUAGGGUUGUUGAGGAUAGAUGUGUUUGGAGAUUGGAACGCAAUGGGAGCUUUUAUGUUAAAACAGUGUAUAGACUCUCCUUUGUUCAUUCUUCAUCUCGAAUACCUUGUACCAUUGAAGCUACUAGUGAGUUUUGGAAUAGAAUUUGGAAGAGUAGUAUUCCUAAUGCGGCAAAACUGCAUAUAUGGUGGGUGUGUCAAGAUAUCCUGCCUUCAAUGGCAAGAUUGUCUUCUAAACAUGUGGUUUUGGAUUCCCAAAUCUGUGUGUUAUGUGAUGGUGAGAUUGAGACUACAUUACACCUAUGUCGUAACUUCCCUUUUGCGAGGCAGGUGCUACAUACUCAUAGAGAGGUGCGUCAAACUUGUUUUGAUGUGCAAACAGAUGGAAUGGAGAUGGUGGGAUGGAUUAACUUCUGUGCCAAACAACUUGCUAUGCCAACUUUUGAGGUGUUUUUGUAUCUGCUUUGGAACAUUUGGAAAGAGAGGAAUAAGAGGGUCUGGGAGUAG